GCAAGAGGAGACAGGAGGAUUAUUUCCAAGCUGGGGUGAGACAUUUUCUCUCUGGGUUUCUUCAACCUUGGGGUAAAGAAAGAGUGUGAAUGUGUAGGUGUGCACACCACUUGUAUCUGUUGCGAAGAGGACAGUGCCAGUGGGGGCUCCUGGGUCUACUUACUUGUAUCCUAAAUACCGCUUACAACUCAACAGACCACUGCUGGAAAAGCCUUUCCGAUUUUUCUUGCUGGGCAGAGCCUGCAGAGGCCCAGUCAACCCAUAGGAUGCUGGUGUUAAGCAGUCAGGAUGAGCUACAAGUACUGAAGGAAGAGCUGAGAUGUUGCUUCCCAGAGUCUCUGAAGGUCUAUGGAGCUGUGCUGAACAUCUGCCAGGGAAACGCUUUUCAUCAGGAGGUUCUGGUAGAUUCCUGGCCCAACUUUCAAGUGGUUAUUGCACGGCCCCAAAGAGAGGUAUUGGUGGAAAUGGAAAGUACUGGGCAUCUAAGAAAUGAUUUUUUGUCAUUUGAACAGAAAAUACCAUCAGAAACCAACUACUUCACCCAGUCCUGUGCAGUUUUCUGUAGGCUCCUGAGUGCCUUUGAGGAAUUGGUUAAAGAUACUGAUGCCAUUGACUGGAAACAGGAAUUUCUACUACAGGUUUUGCAAGUCGGUGUGUAUCAGAAGUCCCGGAGCCUCGCUGCUGCCAGGUGUUCUUCUCCAAAGUUGUUGACUCGGUCCCAAGUUUUUAUUCUGCAGAACCCAUCACAUUUGCCGGCUGCUGCAGCCAGGUCUGGUUCAAAAUUGAAACCCUCAUCCCUCAAAAUCACCCAUGCUGCCCUGCUGAAUGAGACUUGGAGCGUCGGGGGAACUGAACAGAGCCUGCAGUACUUAUCUCAGCUAAUCCAAUGCUUCCCUAGCAGUUGUCUUCUGGAUGCCAGAGGAUGCCCCAUUUCAUGGGUCCUUCUGGAUCAGUUUGGGAGUUUGACUCAUGCAUACACCAUGCCUGAGCAUCGGGGCAAAGGCUAUAUUCAGAUGGUGAUGGCAGCACUGACAAAGAAGUUACACAGCAUUGAUUUUCCAGUGUAUGGAGAUGUUCUGGAAAACAACACAGCUAUGCAAAGGGCUAUGAAAAACAUGGGAGCCCACUUCACCAGUUGCUUUCUGUUUUACGACCUGUAUACCCCUCAGGCCUCUGUAGCCUUUGGCUCUCCAAAUACUCAACCAGUUACAACAGAGUCACCUCUAACCUAACCUCUCCAGGUACUAAAUCCCAAAUUUAGCCUCAUGGCCAAUCAGGUGACAGGAAGAAAUCUUUUGGGAUUUUCUCAUAAGACAGAAGACAAUAGAAAGACAAUCUAAAAUUGCAGUCCUGCCACAGUAUCUCUUUCCUCCACUCAUGCUUUCUCACAUAGGCUCAGUAAAUUGCUGAAAAGGCUAGCACCACCCAACAAAUGAUCCCCCAGGCAGGAAGCAGCCAGGCUUUGAAGCUGCAAGGCCAUUCAAUGCCAAUCAAGGUGGCCAAUGGCAACAUCCACGCUUUUCUCAAACAGACAAUAGUUCUUCCUCUUGCCCUGGACAUUCCAGAGAUAAAUAAAUCUCACUUUCCUAGUUUCCAAGAGAUCUCACAACCUCUGAGGAUGCCUGCCAUAGAUGUGAGUGAAACAUCACGAGAGAAUGCUUCUGGAACAUGCCAUUCAGCCUGGAAAACUCACAGCAAUCUAGUGAUUCUGGUCAUGAAAGCCCUUGACAACACAUUGUUCAUGAAUAGACUCUUAAAUAAAAUAAAAUAUGACACUUGUCUAUUGCUGGAUGUUGACUGGUUUGAAAAUAAUACACUAAAUGGGCAACUUCCCUGAGGUCCAAGGAGAGGGAAAAAUUCUGCCUAUGAAUCCUUUAAGUACCCUUUUGAAUGGAGGGAGGAUUCUGAAGUGGCCAGAAGUCUACUUCUAGCUUCAAAAAAGGUGCUUUUUAGUAUUAAAAAGGGCAAUCUACCUAUUUAAAGACCAAAGUAGUGUUCCUAGAGCAGGCAUGGGCAAACUUCAGGCCUCCAGGUGUUUUGGACCUCAACUCCUGCCAUUCCUAAUAGCCUCAGGUCCAUUCUUUUUCCCCUUCAGCUGCUUAGGGGAAAUAUACAGAUCUCACUGUUCAACUCAGCUCUUCCAAAAGCAUACUAAAAGUAGUGUUAGAAGCCCAACUCAUCUUUCUAUCAGCUAAAUGGCGGGUCAAAAUAACUGUAAUAUUAUCACAGAUAACCAAUGAAGUAUCUAUACUACAGCAAUUUACCUUGAGCAUUAUAUAGCACUGCCAUGCAUUUACUGUCAUACAAAGAACAUAAAAGAAUUCCCACUGGAGUUACAGGAACAUCCCCAAAGCACUGGGCAUGUUGUUAAGAGUUUGGUGAAAAAUAAGGCAGGUUUUGUAUUGUGCACUCCCUUUUAUCUGACCAAUGAACAAGCUGGCAAGGGCUUCUGAGAGUUGGAGACCCAAAAAGCUGGAGGGCCACAGUUUGAGGAUGCCUGAUUUAGCUUCUUAGAAAUGAGAACAGCUUACCCUGUGACAUAAGCAGUGAGACCAGUGCAGUACGAAGCAACAGCUUUUGAACACAUACAUGUUAAGUCUGCAGGUUUGUUCAUUAAACUCAUGUCUUUAUAUACUUGAA